AUGGAGCACCACAUGGCCUGGAGACAACUGAAAGACAUGGGUCAGAUGGGAGAGGCGCUUCUUCUCCAGAACUCGCACUAUACUUCGGCCCUCCUACACUCUUCAACAAGCCGGGAACCCCGCAUCCACAUUGAAGCGCUGUGGCUUGUCUCGCAGCAGGUCAUCUAUGGGACAUCCCUCGACGGCGUCCAGUACUAUGAAGUGCUCCAGGAUCGGGACAGCACAACGCAACAACCCGUAAAGCGUGCGCGUGUCAUGUCGCAGCAGCACAUGCCUUGGUCUAUCUCGUCCCAACCCGUUUGGCAAAGAAACUUGUCCGGCGGAUCCAAUAGCGUGGAACCCUUCGCCGCCUUCGUCGCCGAGGAGCCUGCGGCUCGCCUGCCGGCCACCGACCCUGCCAACGCCAACAUGCACGCAUUUGCUUCAUCACUGCAACGGGCUCCAUCUUCACAGCAGACAUUCGACCUCCCUAGCGUGCAGGAGCACGACUAUGGCCGUCUUGGUGUCCAGUUUGGAGGACCGGACGUUGGCAUGAGCCCCCUCGACUUCCUCAAGGCCCAAGACGACGGUCCCUCUUCACCAGGCCUCAUACCACCUCCUCCACAGGAGUUCCCGGGCUCCUACGACAGCAAUGGACGCUUCAGUUCCAGCCGAGUGAUUUCGACGUGCCCCUCGAUGACUUCGGGUGUGUCGGGCGUCGAGACAAUACCCCUGAGCCGUGAUGGGAGUAUGUGCGACAACCAGUCGCUGCCUGGGGCCUUCCGGAUGGCCCGUCUCGAUUCCACGCAGUCACUGCGCACCGACUUUACGGGCAGCGACGCCUUCUCCUUUAACUGGCAGGAUGCGAUCACUGGGGACGAACGGGACGACCUUUUUCGCUUUCCCGAAAACGGUAGCGAUCGUCCCACCGCUGAUUCUUCUUCCCUGUACCACUUGUACGCUUCAUCCGCGCCGACCGGCCAAUUCACUCUGAACGGCUGCGGUGCCGGCAUGGAGAGAUCCAUAUCGAUGAGUAGCGCCAUGUCGUCGCAGUCCAACGCAGGACGCCGGGCCAGGGAGGCUCGGCAGCGGCAGAUCAAAAAUGCCCAACGAGCCCGGCUACUGCCCAAACCACAGGCGGCAGCCAAGGCGUCCGAGGCGUCGGCAGCCCGGAAGGAUGGAAGAGUAGCGAUGGCCAAGAACGGCGGCUCCUCACGGUCGAAGAGGGUGGCGAAGGUGUUCUGCGAGACGUGCAACGAGUAUCCCGGCGGAUUCCGCGGCGAACACGAACUCAAGCGUCACAUCUUGGCCAAGCACCAAGGCGUGGUCAAGAAAUUCGUCUGCCGCGACCCGGCCACGGCGGGCAUCCCGUCCACCGUCCCGAUCGUCAUCCCGCUCGACGCGUGCAAGAACUGCCUGAACAGGAAGGAGUAUGGCGCCUACUACAACGCGGCGGCCCAUCUCCGGCGAACGCAUUUCAACCCCAAGCAGUCGAGGGGCAAGACGGAGAAGAGAGGGGGCAAAGGGGGCGGCGACUGGCCGCACAUGGACGAGCUGAAGAAGUGGUUCGAGGAGGUGCUCGUCGAGGCGCGCAACGACACCGAGGCGGGCCCCGAGACCGACUCCGACGCCGAAGGCGAAGCUGAAGUCGAAGUCGAAGCCGAGGUGGACACUGAGGACAACAAGCCCGAGAUGGUCCUGUCCUCCAGUGCGGACACGUCGUUCGCCGCCGGCAAUGGGGACGACAACUACUUGUACGGCGCGGACGGUGUCCCGGGGUACUCGUACUCGCUGACGUCGGACGCGAUGAUGUUUGAUCCGUCCAUGACGAACAUGGCGAGCGAUGCUGAGUUUUCCGCCGGCGCGUUUUCUGAAGAGGCCACGCCUUGGUCGUUGCAAGAUGAGACGUACUAUAUUCCAUUCGCCUUUGAGGCGUCUUGA